UUGAAUUGAAAAUUAUUAAAGUUAUUAUUAAAAAUGAAUAUAAGUGAUAUUACAAACAAAGAUGAAUUUUCCGCUAUUAUUAUAAAUGAACUAAAGACAUUUGGUGUAAAAUAUCAGAAGGAAAAGAAGAAAAAAAUUCAGAAUAAAUCCUGCCGAAAAAAUAUAUUUCGUACUCAUUUACACCUUUUGGAUUUGACAGAUGUUAUUCUUGCAAAUGGAAGAGUAGUUCAAAUACCAAUAUUCGUUGCAGAGGCAUGUAACCGUAUACUUGAACAAGUAGAAACGGAAGGUAUAUUUAGAAAAGCUGGGUCUUUCGUACGUCAGAAGGAAAUUCGGAUUAGCCUCGAAGCGGGCGUUGCGCUGGGUAAAUCGCACCAUGUAAUAGAUGUUGCAAAUGUUAUCAAAUAUUUUUUUCGCGAGCUUCCCGAACCUAUAAUUCCUACUUCUAUACAAGAAACACUUCUACGAAGUUUGCUAGUUGGAGAUAAUUUCGUUAAAGCCAUUCUUUUAGCCUGUUUGCUUUUACCGCCACUGACAAUAAACACACUAUCGUUUUUCAUGCAAUUUUUAUAUACCGUAUCACUUAGUGAAAAUCUUAAUAAAAUGUCAGUGGAAAACUUAGCUAUAAUUUUUACACCCACGAUCAUGCCAUUUCCUAACAUAAAUAGCCAUCGAUUUAAGAAUCAUGUUAAAAUUGUUCAAAUUCUAAUAGAAAAUGCUAAUGCUAUUGGGACCAUACCAAGGAGCAUUGAAUAUAAACUUCAAAGAACUUCAAACAAGCUUGGAUCGGAAAAAAAAUUAUCGGAUAAUUCUAUUACUGGUGCAAUGAAAAAUAUAGUCAAUGAAAAUGGGACAAAAUCAGCAUCAGCCAAAAAUAAAAAGAAAAGACGCAGUGGUUCGCUAACUCAAAUGUUCAACGGCCUGAGAAAGAUAGUUGGGUCGGCAAUGGGAAGUUCGGAAUAUUUGGACUAUACGCCUAAUGACAAUGUAAUUAAUAUACAAAUCCCUAAAUUGGAUGAAAAUAUUAAUAAAGAAAAGAAGAUAUAUAACGUAGCGACAACACCAUGUCGUAAAGAAAAUAAGAAGAGAAAACUUGGUGAUCCCGCAUCUACGUUCAGUUCAAAAAAGAAAAAGGAUUUACUUGCCCUACUUCCUAGUAAUAGUGGAGGAUUUCUACCAAACACCCCUAUAACGAAAGAAUCAAAAAAAUCUCGUUUAAGUUUGGGUGGUGGGCGUCACAUCAAGAACAUUUCGUUGAACCCAGUUGUCACAUCUAUGGAGCGCAGGUGGAGUAUUGUUGGAUCCGGGUGGUCGAAAACUAAAAAUAAAAAUGCUCCAGAUAAGAAAUAUUAUAGGAGCAACAAUUAUAUAUGUGAUGUAGAAACCGCUGAAGAUAAAAAAUUGAAUGAAAGUAGUAAACAACUUUCGGGAAAUACUUGCAGUAUAAGUAAAACUGGCAAUGAUUCAGGUGAUGAUAGUGAUUGUAUACAAAUUUCUAAAAUGGAAUAUAAAGAAAUGAAAGAAAGGGUGGCAGCUAUCGAAAACCAUAUAUCAAAUGAAUUUGGUACUAUCCGCAAAUCGGUACUUAAAAGUUCACCUAAUUCUAUUGAUAUGAGUGGUGUAGAACGUGUACAGACACAAUACGAACGAGUGGUAGUUGAAACAGAAGCUUUGUCAUCGCCUGCUACUGAGCAGCUAGCUCAACGUCUUAGUCGCGGUUUAAAUAUAAGACGGAGUGUAGAUCAAUGUGUUAUACGUUCACCAAGUGCUCGAAAGAUUGGCACAAUACGUCGAAGAUCUCAAGAUAAAGUUCAUGUAUCACGUAAUUCAAGCUGGCAUAUUCGAUCAUCAAACAGUACUCCCAUAGGUAAAGAAUUUAUUUCGUCAUUGGAGGAAAAAAAUCCACCAAAUCAUGCAAAUAAGAUUUUAUUUUACUCUAAAAAUAACAAACCCGAUAUGCAGAACAACUCCUAUAACGAAGUUUCACCCUUACUAUCGUCUAAAAAGCGAAAUAUUAAAAAAUCAUUAGAUAACAUUUUCAGCAAUGAUUAUUCAAAUGAAGAAUGGUUGUGUGGUGAGAAAUUUUUCAGUGAUACCCAGCUAAAAGAAUGUAUUUACAAAGUAAAUGAUGAUUGUUUAAACCAAAUGCAUGUUGAGCAUGUUGCGACUCCUGUUCGGCGUAAAAAUUUCAUUGAUGUAGAAAAAACUCCAAUGUUACCACCAAAAUCAGUUCCCAGAAAAAUUUGCCAUGUUACAACUCCUUUGACUGCAAUAAAACCAUCAACUACAAGUAAAUUACCUUAUGUUAAUCGUAUCGCCAUAUCGACACCAGUCGUUGAGGAAGUUAGUGGCCGAGCUUCAAUAGCCCGAUUAAGAGCAGAAAAUGCUGGCAUGGUUAUGGCUAAAGCUAAAUUAUUUGAUGGAUUAGGAAACAAUAGUAGUGAUGAACAGCGGUCUCUAAAAGAAGAUCAAAAUUCAACAGAUAUGCAACAGAAAUCCAAUGCCGUUCGUCAAUCAAAGUGUCACGCGAAGGCAUUAAAUGAUCCAGUAUGUUUCAAAAGUAUGUUAUCAAUAGAACAAAAUGACAUUGAUAUAAUGGAGGUUAAAUCAAAAACUACAUUAAUAAGUACGCCAAUCGCUAAACGUAUUCAAAGUACGAAUUUGAGUAGUCCAGCGAGUCCAUUAAAGCGAAAGCAGCGUGGCAACGCUUCUAAAUAUCCUCAGAAACAAUUUUUGAAAUCCAUUGUAGCCGAUGAUAAGUUGACAAUACGUCGUAAUUUAAAUGAACGUAUUUUAAAUUGUGACAACGGCGCAAAUUUAAGCGUAAAAUCUGAGACAUUACGCACAUAUAAUAGUUCUCGUAAUCCUAAAUCUCCUAGGAGAAUAAAGAAAAAUCGCCAACCAUUAAAGCUUCGAAAUACGCCUUCUGGAGUUUAAUUUCAUAAUCCAUAAUGUUUUCUUUUGGUUAUUUAAAACACUAAUAAAAACUUAUAAUUGAUUUAUAAAGCCAUUUUUAUAUUACAUCCCAAUUAAGUUUUUAAGAAUUUUAUAAAUAAAAAGAAAACCUUUAAA